GCUUUCACUAUUUUAAUACAAAAAUAUAUUAAAACCAGUUUAAUCAUUAAUUUCAUGUUUAUAUAUAAGGACAAAAAAAUCAUAAAGAAGUUAGCUCUCAAACAAAGAUAUUGCUACUGCCUCACCAAAUUUUCCUCCGGAAAGAGAGUGAGAAAAUUUCCAAGAGAAAGAGGAGAGAGAAUGGCUGGAGAAGAAAUAGAGAGGGAGAAGAAAUCUGCAGCAUCUGCAAGAACUCACACCAGAAACAACACUCAACAAAGUUCUUCUUCUGGUUAUCUGAAAACGCUUCUCCUGGUAACGUUCGUCGGAGUUUUAGCAUGGGUUUAUCAAACAAUCCAACCACCACCCGCCAAAAUCGUCGGCUCUCCCGGUGGACCCACCGUGACAUCACCGAGGAUCAAACUGAGAGACGGAAGACAUCUGGCUUACACAGAAUUCGGAAUCCCUAGAGACGAAGCCAAGUUCAAGAUCAUAAACAUCCACGGCUUCGAUUCUUGUAUGCGAGACUCGCAUUUCGCCAAUUUCUUAUCGCCGGCUCUUGUGGAGGAAUUGAGGAUAUACAUUGUGUCUUUUGAUCGUCCUGGUUAUGGAGAGAGUGAUCCUAACCUGAAUGGGUCACCAAGAAGCAUAGCAUUGGAUAUAGAAGAGCUUGCUGAUGGGUUAGGACUAGGACCUCAGUUCUAUCUCUUUGGUUACUCCAUGGGUGGUGAAAUUACAUGGGCAUGCCUUAACUACAUUCCUCACAGGUUAGCAGGAGCUGCCCUUGUAGCUCCAGCGAUUAACUAUUGGUGGAGAAACUUACCGGGAGAUUUAACAAGAGAAGCUUUCUCUCUUAUGCAUCCUGCAGAUCAAUGGUCACUUCGAGUAGCUCAUUAUGCUCCUUGGCUUACAUAUUGGUGGAACACUCAGAAAUGGUUCCCAAUCUCCAAUGUGAUUGCCGGUAAUCCCAUUAUUUUCUCACGUCAGGACAUGGAGAUCUUGUCGAAGCUCGGAUUCGUCAAUCCAAAUCGGGCAUACAUAAGACAACAAGGUGAAUAUGUAAGCUUACACCGAGAUUUGAAUGUCGCAUUUUCAAGCUGGGAGUUUGAUCCGUUAGACCUUCAAGAUCCGUUCCCGAACAACAAUGGCUCAGUUCACGUAUGGAAUGGCGAUGAGGAUAAGUUUGUGCCAGUAAAGCUUCAACGGUAUGUCGCGUCAAAGCUGCCAUGGAUUCGUUACCAUGAAAUAUCUGGAUCAGGACAUUUUGUACCAUUUGUGGAAGGUAUGACUGAUAAGAUCAUCAAGUCACUUUUGGUUGGGGAAGAAGAUGUAAGUGAGAGUAGAGAAGCCUCUGUUUAAGUCAAUGUGGUUUUUAAGAAUAAUUAAUUGCUUGCAAUGCUAAACUAGUUAUGAUCAACAAUCAAAUCAAAGCAACUUUAGUCGUUAAUACAAGUGUACUAAUGUCUCAAAUGAAAGGGCUGGCGGCAUUUACGGGAGCAAAUGUAGACAUCAACGCAUAGAUUACAAUUAACAACAUUGCAAUUAUUCCAAGCCUUUAGAAUGAAGCGAUCUUUACAUCGAGAAUGGCAUUGGUCGCAGAAUGGUCGAGAACUCUUGCUGUUAGGAACAACUUCAUACUCACGUCCAUCGACAUUAAUGUUCCGCCCUGGCAUGAGACGCGAGAAGUCUCCCAGUACACACUUGACAUGUAAAGUUACCCCGCAGUCAUAACAAGUGUAGAACCAUUUCUUUGGAUCGGUUUCUGUUUCGCAUAUGUCACACCAAUAUUUGUUAUCCUUAAUCACAUCAUCUUCGCCGUGGCAUAGAGAAAGAGGAUGCUCGUCGUAGCAAUGUUUUACCGUUUUAGGUAAAUUAGCACAGUAGAAAUCCAAAUCAAAGUCACAAGUAUCACAACAUAGUACUCUAGGUUUCACCACUUUGUUGUGACACGAACGACAUGACUUGCCUUGCCUUCUGUAGUAAUAUAACGGAUGUGAAUGACCAUCAUGGAGCAAUGGUUCUGACAUCGAACCGCAAUGCACAUCUAGAAUCCAAUCACCAGAAACGUAUCUAAAACCAUUGGAGAUUGUUCUACAAGCAUCACACUCAAACCAAUUCCUAGAAGAAUCUUUACCUCCUGUGUGUAACGUAAAUGGUUUGUUGUUGAACACAUGCCUUUUCUUUCGAGGGAGAUUUGCACAUGUUUCAUGAAGAACAUAAUCACAUUGACCACAACUGUAGCUAGGAUCUGACGAUAGAGGAAGGACACAUGCUUGGCAACGUGUGAUUUCAUCAUGUUGAGUGAUGAUACCAUUCUUGUUGAGCAUCAAAUUAUGUUUUUCAUGGCUGAAAUGUUUUAUCGUGUUGUCAUCAACCACCUCGAAUGGCGCGGUAUCUUGCUCACUAUCUUCAGGAGUCCCUUCGAGUUCUAUUCCGUCCCAUACAUCAUCUUUCAUUGCACAUUGUGGAUGAACAACAUAGUUGGGACAAAGAGAGCAAGAAUAACCUCCGUAGUAUCCAUUAACACUUUGACGACAUACUCCACAUUCUGAAUACUGAAGACCAAGAUGAUGCGUGAGAGAGAUGCGAUGAUCAUGACGAUUGAUGUUAAUGACGCGAGGUAAAUCGAUGCAUUUCCGAUGGAUUAAGUAACCACAUCCAAGACAAAAGUAAGGACAUCCAUCACCUUUCAUUCCACAAGCAUUGCAAAUAAACUUAACUUGUCUAGGCAAGAGAGUUAGCGUAUGCUCGUGAGUCUUAAGAUGUUCUAUAGCAAGCGGUGGAGGAUUUAUCGCACAAUAAACACAGAUGCUGAAGUUGCAAACGGAACAAUGAUAAAUCAAGUGAUCUGAUACGUCAUCACACAAAAGACAAGUCUUUUGAGCGCUAUCAGGUAGCGACUCAGAUCCGAAAAGCUCGAGAGUGUGAUUAGUAUGAGAAGAAUGGUGGACCUCCCGCGAUAUAUUUAUGCAUUCGACGUGGAAAUACACAUCACACUCAAGACAAACGUAAGGAUACAUACCAAAAACUGUUUUCUUGCAAACUCCACAAUGAUCUUUCUUCACUUGCUUCUCCAAAAGAACAAGUGAAUGGUUAUGACAUUUGGGAUUUUCAAUAGCAGCAAGUGGAGGUAGUUGUUUUCUCGCACAAGCUAUAUCGAUAUUAAAGGCGCAUAUCCAACAAUGAUACGUAGGACCAAACAAGAAAGCUCCACAAAAAGCACACGUACCACUUCCCCUGUAGUCGAUUAAGCAGAGCGGAUGCUCGAGAUGGGAAGGAUGAUUGAUCUCCGGUAAUGAUUCGCCACAUUCUUUGUGAUACCAAACAUGGUUACAAUCAGAGUCAUUGCAACGGUAGCCACUAUAGAUAGGUGAGGUUUGCUUGCAACCGCGGCAACGACCAUUUAUAAACCUUGAUGAAUGGUAUAAUGGAUGCUUGUGAAUCGGUAAAUCUACUGAUCUCUCCAUUGUGCUUUUGUGAUUCAGAUCUCUUUCUUUCUUUUUAGUCAACCCUUGUUUUUUUU